UGUUUUCUGGAAAUGACUGAAGACUGUGAGGCAGUCUUAUAUUAACACAUUUAGAGAAUAUGUACAUGUUGAAGUCCAAUAUUGAUUUUACAGAGUAACCAAGGGGAAGUGUUUUCAGAGAGUAAAUCUUUAAACAGAUUAAAUGGUAAUCACACAGAAGUGUCUUUGGUAAAUAAUUUUCUUUAUAACUUUACUAAAACAGUGAUACCUCCUGAUUCCAGAACGACUGAGGAAACUGCUCCCAUUGUUCUGUUGCAGUAGAGAAGGGAUGGGACACAUUGAUGAGAUACUGUUGUGAUUCACACAGAUCUAACAUGAAUUAAUGAAAGGAAAGCUUUUUCUCCCUUUGAAGCUAGAACUGAGGUCAUCCUGACUCUUCUUGAAGAUUGCCUUUACGCAAUGGCCUUUGAGGAGUUCCUGGAUGAAGUCGGUGGCCUGGGAAAAUUCCAGAUCCUUCAGAUUGUUUUAAUUCUUCCUUCCCUCAUGAUAAUAGUUUGUCAAAUACUUUUGGAGAACUUCACUGUGGCCGUUCCUCAUCAUCGUUGCUGGGUCCACAUUCUUGAUAAUGCCACUGUCUCUGAUAAUGACACUGGACUCCUCAGUCAUGAUGUUCUCCUGAGAAUCUCCAUCCCACUGGAUUCAAACUUGAAGCCAGAGAAAUGUCAUCGUUUCCUCCACCCCCAAUGGCAGCUCCUUCACCUGAAUGGGACCUUCCCCAACAUGACUGACCUGGACACGGAGCCCUGUGUGGACGGCUGGGUGUAUGACCACAGCUUGUUCUCCUCAACCAUCGUGACUGAGUGGGACUUCGUAUGUGAUCAUCAGUCACAGAAACCAGUGGCUCAAUUCAUAUUCAUGGCUGGAAUGCUGGUGGGAGGCUUCAUAUAUGGCCAUCUCUCAGACAGGUUUGGGCGGAAGUUGAUUCUCAGGUGCUGUUUGCUACAGCUCGCCAUCUCUGGGACCUGUGCAGCCUUUGCCCCCACCUUCCUCAUUUACUGCUCCCUACGCUUCUGGUCAGGCUGUUCUGCUGUGGCCAUCGUGACAAACAACAGUAUGCUGAUUAUAGAGUGGACAAGAUCCCAGUCAAAAGCUGUGAUAUUAACACUGAUAGCCUGUACCUUUAGUAUGGGACAGAUGAUGCUGGGAGGACUGGCUUUUGUCUUUCGAGAGUGGCGCACCCUGCAGCUGGUGGUGUCUGUACCUUUCUUUGUCUUCUUUCUCUCCUCAAGGUGGCUGGUGGAAUCUGCUCGGUGGCUGAUUAUCACCAAUAAACCAGAUGAGGGCUUAAAGGAACUUAAGAAAGUUGCACACAGAAAUGGAAUGAAGAAUGCUGAAGCAACCCUGAACAUGGAGGGUUUGAGAGUGAUCAUGCAGGAGGAGCUGGAGACAGCACAGAUGAAAACUACUGUGUUUGACUUGUUCCGCACACCCAACCUGCGAAAAAGGAUCUGUCUUCUGUUCUUUGUGAGCCACUCCAUGAUCACUGCCACUGUACAAUUUUCUACAAUAUAUUUCAAAUAUACAGAAAUGCAGACUGUGCGUGUGACUUUGGCAAGUGUGGAAAUCGGCUGUGUUGCUGCCUCUAACACCAGUAUUUCUGUCCACUUUGCUGAACUCCUACCCACUCUUGUCAGAGCAAAAGCUUCAGGUGUAGAUACGAUGGCUAGUAGGUGUGGGUCAACACUGGCUCCCCUGCUGAUGACCUUAGCGGUGUACCUACCCGCCCUGCCCUGGAUCAUCUAUGGAGUGUGUCCCAUCAUUGCUGGUCUCCUCGUCCUCCUCCAGCCUGAAACCAGACAUCUGCCUCUGCCUGACACGAUCCAGGAUGUGGAAGAUAAGAAACAAUUCUCAAGAAAAGUAAAUGAGAAAGAUUUCUUCAUGAAAGUGACAAAAUUUUAA